GGAGGCGCUUUGGACAUCCACAAGGCCAUUGGCAAAUUACCAAAACCAAAAGCUGGAUGGACAUUACCAGGCCAUAAAUACACAGGCCCUUAUAAUGAUCUUGAAAACCAAGUAAGAUACAAUCCAAGAACUGGUGAAAUAUUAGAAAUUUAUGAUCAACCAACUGGGCCAACCGAUGUUGUGGCCAUGCAACAUGAUGUUGAUAAUAGAGUUUGCGGUGAUAACCGCAAGUGCAAAAAUAAAGCUGACCGUAAAAUGGUGAAAUCAUUAGACGCUAUUCCCUAUAAUGAAAGACAAUGGGGACACUGGUUGGCUAGAAAUAUUAUAAACACAAAACAGAAACUCGGUCUUGGUUUAAACUAGAACAGCCGUCGGGUAGCAGUUGGCAGCAACAAUUAGCAGAUGAAUUACAUAAACCCAUAAAACGCAACUUUACUCGGCGGCGCGUUAUUGCAACCGGUAUUGACAAAAUUUGGUGCUCAGAUCUGGUUGAAAUGCCACAGUUCAGCAAAUGGGACAAAGGUUACAGUUGCCUUCUCAUGGUAUUAUUCUCCAAAUAUGGCUGGAUUGUCCAAGGACAAGAAGGGAGAAACUGUCACAGAAGCAUUCAAAACCAUCUUCAAAGAGGGCCGUAAACCACAAUAUCUUUGGACUGAUAAGGGGAAACAAUAUUAUAACAAAAAUAUGAAAGAACUGUUAGAAAAGAAUGGCAUAACACUAUACUCAACCGAGAAUGAGGAAAAAUCUAGUGUGUGUGAAAGAUGGAACCGUACAAUUAAAACCAAAAUGUGGAAGCAGUUUACUGUCCAGGGUAAUACCAUAUAUUUAGACAUACUACCAAAAAUAUUGGAGCAGUAUAGUAACACCAAACACAGUUCCAUUAAAAUGACACCUGUAGAAACUAGUAAGAAGAAGAAUGAAAGUACCGUGUAUUACAAUCUGUAUGGUGAUAUGAAGCAGUUGUCAUCUAAGCCCAAAUUCAAGAUUGGUGAUAAAGUUAGGAUAAGUAAGUACAAGAGAAAGGUGUUUGAUAAAGGGUACACACCUAAUUGGACAGAGGAGAUAUUCCCGAUCGAUAAAAUCCAAUCCACAAACCCAAUUACUUACAGAUUAAACGAUCUCAAUAAUGAGGAAAUACAAGGCAGCUUUUAUGAACCAGAAUUACUGCCGGCAAAACAGGACGUAUUUCGCAUUAAAAGUUCAUUCGGAGGGAUAAUAAGAAGAAACGAGCUCUAGUGAAAUGGUUGGGUUAUAGUGAUGCCUUUAAUAGCUGGAUUCCACUGUGUAGCCUGCAAGAAUUAUCUAACUAAUAGUAUAUAUGGAGGAUCAUAUAAGAAAGCUUGAUACUAAAAUCAAGAGUAAGGAAACCGAGCUUAAUGCACUUUACACUUAAAUCCAAAAAUUGGAGGAAGAAAUUGCGACAUUACACGACAAGAAAUUAAUCUUCAAAAAACUGGAAACAGUAGAAAUGUCAUUAACCGGCGUCGUAGGUGCGAUCUUUGAAAGGGAGGAGGAGGAGAAAGAGUAAGGAUAUUGUGACACGACCUAGGCAAUAAGAAAGAAUGUGUAUGAUGAGGACAAAUAUAAAGGGGGCGUCUGCACGACGGGUGGUUGUCAGGGUCCAAUGUGCUGAUAACGGCACCUCAGGCCUAGCAUACUUUUUAAUCUAUCAUACUUGUCACAUUUUUGGCCUGUAUGAUAGAAAAUUAUUUAACCCAUAUAUAUGACAAGUAUGAUUGAAAAAAAGUAUACCAAUGAAGAGAUGAAUAUCGAACUGACUUCAUUUCUUGAUAGUAAGCAAAAUGUUUGGUUCCGAGGAAAAGAAAUUGCUGGGAUCCUCGAUUAUGGCAAAACAAGAGAUGCAUUAUCGAAACAUGUUGAUAGUGUUGACAAACAGCUAAUUUGUUGGCGUCCCCGUUUUGUGGACGGCAACAAUAACCAAUGUUGCAGCCCUGAAACGGGGCGUCAACAAAAUGACACUAGAGGAAAAUAUUACUCAUUCAUUAAUGAGUCUGGGUUUUACUCCUUAGUAUUAUCCUCAAAAUUAGAAGCUGCGAAAAAGUUCAAACAUUGGGUUACUUCACAAGUCCUCCCCUCCAUCCGUAAAUACGGCCAAUACAAACUGUUUGAUAGUCCCUGGAAUAAGAUGAUUAUGAUUGGCAAUGAGACUGACCUCCAUUAUAAAGUAGUGGACCUCGUAAGAAAGUAUUAUCCAGAUUCCAUAUUAGAAGCCGGUCUAGGUGAAAAUCAGGAUACUGAUGACAAACGCCCCGAUUCAUACAAAAAAGGAUGUACCCGCGGACAGCCUGAUUUGAUGAUAAUCGAUUAUCACAAAGACUAUAAGGGCCUCUGUAUUGAAUUCAAAUCACCAACUAAUAAUUAUCAUGUAUCAGAAGCCCAAAAGGAGAUGAAGAAGAAGUACGUUAAUAAUGGUUAUGCAUUUAUCCUAAGUAAUGAUUAUGAUAGAAUCUGCAUGAAUAUC